AUGUCCUUUGGACCUCAGGUUGUCAUGCCUGCCGCCUUUCACCUCGGAACCUCCAACGCCACAUCAUCUCACUCCGGUGUCCACGCAGGAAUCUUCCGCCCUCCAAUGUCGCCGUCCGUUUCUAGCUCGGUGUAUAUGGGGAGGUCGACGGGUAGUCUACGCUCCGACGCCUCGACAACCACGCCGAACGUCAAGAGGAAACGGACAACAGCUUGGGAUUCGACACCACGGAGCGAUCGGAGCAUGAGGAACGAUGGCCACUCCAAUAUGGAAAGCGAAUUUGACGAUCCGUCCGAACGCGGUCGCAGGAUGGACGGGGAAGAAAGGCGAUACACGCUGGCGGGCCAGAUCGAAACACCAAGCGGCGAAGUGCAGAGGGAAAUUGGGAACAUGGAGGACAGCGUAUACUCUGAUGUCGACUACAGACGUGCGCUUGGAUCGAAACGACCACACGGCGAACUCGACUCCCCACAGUCUAGACUCUCCACGACUGGAAACUCGGCAUCACAAAUACCGCGAAACACUGCAUGGGGUUCGCUGGCCAUAAAUACGUUGGGUGGUGUCGUCGGAAAGGUCUGGCAGUUCUGCAGGGAUGGAGCCUUUCGCGGCUUCUAUGCUGGUGGAGGAAAGGGCUGUGAAAUGCAAGGCAGAACGGGAUCAGCCACGACAUCGAAUAGUCAGGUCUGGUGCAACGAGCACGACGUCCCAACGCUCCCGGACAACAAGUUUGGCUCCUUCCCCCAAUCGGACUACUCCCCUUUCUACUAUGAGCACGAAACACCAGAGUCGACACCACCACCCGCAGCGAAACGACGCCAGAUUAAUGAUGGAACUCCUAGGGAUGAGCUCCGCAGAAACUGGGUCAUGGUCAAGGAGCCGGAAGACAACAGGUCGCAAUCAAGCUUUGCACCUCGGCCAUCGUCGAGUCAACAACUGCAACGGCCUACAGCACCUCCUCUUACUCGCCGCAUCAGCAAGCCUGUCAGCCGUUUGAACGUACCCACUCUCAACCGACAUCAUUCUGGUAGAAUCAGCCAUGCCGGGUCUGCGUCUCUUUCAAGCCGCACGUCUGCCAGUUUUGCGUCUCCGCGAUCGCCAGUGACGGCGACCAGCCCCAGCCGACUGCCAAUCCCCAGCCGGCCGCAGUCGCCUAGCACCUUUUCACCCACCCGCCUCUCACAACAACCCUCCCGUAUCCCGAGUCCGAGUCUAUACUCUAAAGGCCAUAGAAGAGCACACAGUGCCGCAACCGCUCCAUUGGUCGCGCCUGUGAAGAUGAGGAAACGAGAGUCCAUGCAAGAGAUGCAUGACAGCAGCCCACGGUUAGACGCCGAGGCGAGGAAGUUGGCCGCAAAGCGGUUGCAAGAAGAGAUGGACGCGGACCUGCGGAUAAAUGACUUCAACAGCCGCUUGAAAGACAUGAUCCGACAGGGCAAGGAGGCGUUGGGCACAACGAUCGAAGUCGAGCUUGACGGCGAAGGCGAGAGAGGGUUUGACCCCUGGGAGGACGACUGA